AUGCCAGAUACUGUCAGUCACCAACUUAGCACUACAAAUGUACACAUUCAAAAUAAUCCACGGAUACAAGUGUGGAUUUUAGCAUUCACUUUAUUGCAUCUAAUGUCACCUUCGAGGUGUUUCAUACAACUCACAUAUCACGACAAUGCAGCUAAUGCGGUCCUCACAAACGAUUUGCUGCUAAUGAAGCUGUUGAAACGAUCAGGAGGACAAAAUUGGGCGGCAAUUGAUCCAAAAUGUGGAAUUUACCGACAUCAGACAUUGCAUGCUAUUAUGGAUCGGGUUUGUGAACUUUGCCACGAGAUGUUUUCCUACAAAGAGAAUAGUCUACGAGCUGAAUGCCGGUCCCAACACGCUGCAGAUGGCGCUUUUAAACAAAAGAACAUAGUAUUGAAAAAACACGCUGUCAAUAAAUUUUCGUUAAAUAAUAAUGCGCGAAUUGAAUGCAUAAUUUUUUUCAGUGAAAACUGCUUCCGCAACAAAAAAUUCCGUAAAUGCCUACAGAUCUUCUCUCCAUCAAUUAAUGCGGCAGAAAACACACAUAUGGUGUGA